UUCAACACAGUCGUUAGCUUCAGUCUGCGGCUCAUUCAAUGCUUGUCGUCGCGCUCAAUCAACAUUCUCUGGCUGUUGAAAAAAAUCCAAUUAAACGAACAGUAUUACGCGUUCUGAUAGUAUAUAGUCAAUUCAUUGAACUAUAAACAAUUCCAUGCAUUGGCACGCAUCCGCCAUACAGCGAUAAGCAACAAGUGUGACCCUCUUACGCCCCCUCGCUGCCGGCUAACAACAAAUUAAGAGAGCCAAAAAAUAGCAAAACCAAAAAACUAAAUGUGAAACUUUGUUUGUUUUGCUAUUAUUGUCAACAGAAGUACAAAAAACUAAACGAGCAGAAUCAGUGCAAAGAACUUAGAACGUGGCACUUUCCAUAGAGCAGCGUCGAUGAAGUAUCGUCUGCUUGAGCAGUCUUGGAAAAAUAAUUAAGAAAACUUGUUUUCCCCCCACACAGACUGACAUUGUAUUGCGAUAAGACGUACAUAAAUUACAAAGACGGUGCAAUUAUAGAACAAUUAUAAUAUCAGCAGAGCCAGAACCAGACUGAGACAGGCACCAAAGUAAACAAAACAAAGCAAAAGCAAAGAUGAUACCUGGUUAUGGACCCGUGACACAAGCCCUAUUGGGCACGCUUCUCACCUGGGGCCUCACGGCAGCAGGUGCAGCAUUGGUCAUCUUCGUGCGCGGCAACCAGCGACGCUCAUUGGAUGCAGCUCUGGGCUUUGCAGCUGGCGUCAUGAUCGCCGCCUCGUUCUGGUCAUUGCUCAGCCCUGCUAUUGAAAUGGCCGAGACCUCAAAUUUGUAUGGCAUUUACUCGUUUCUACCUGUCGCCGGUGGCUUUCUGCUUGGAUCAAUCUUUGUGUAUGGCUGCGACAAACUGAUGUCGUAUCUGGGCCUCAACAGCACCAAUAUGAUGAUACAAAUGACCCAAAGCAAGGAUAAGGCCGAUAUAGCCAUUGAUGAACUCAAGCAGAACGGCGGCGCGAAGGCACGUCAGACAUCCAAGAGCUUGGACAGCUUCUCCGAUUGCCUGAGUGUCCAGCAUAGCGGUGGUGAGUCAAGACGCCGCAAGAAGGGCAGCAUUAGCGAGGUCGAGCAAUGCACGUACACCGCUGAGGCUGCAUUGGAGCAGCAGCGGGCACAGGAAGCGCUGUCACAAUGGAAGCGCAUCAUGUUGCUGGUGGUGGCCAUAACGGUGCACAAUAUACCCGAGGGUCUGGCAGUGGGUGUCAGUUUUGGUGCCGUGGGCACCACAAACUCAUCGACAUUCGAGAGUGCCAGAAACCUGGCCAUUGGCAUCGGCAUUCAAAACUUUCCCGAGGGAUUAGCGGUCAGUUUGCCGUUACAUGCCGCCGGUUUCAGUGUGUUGCGUGCGUUCUGGUAUGGACAAUUGUCGGGCAUGGUGGAGCCCAUCUUUGGCGUUCUAGGAGCUGUGGCGGUCACCUUCGCUAAUCUCAUACUUCCCUAUGCACUGUCGUUUGCGGCUGGCGCCAUGAUUUACAUUGUUGCCGAUGAUAUAUUGCCCGAGGCACAUGCUAGCGGCAAUGGCACGAUUGCGACAUGGGGAACUGUCUCUGGAUUCUUGAUAAUGAUGUGCCUGGAGGUUGCACUAUCCUGAUGUGGCCUCCUUCACCUCCACCUCCACCUGCAUUUCCUACACUCCCAGAAAAUCCUCAACAAUGUUCCUACGUGUGAUAGUUAUUGCAAACAGCGAGGACUCAUAAAUCAUCAGUGUGUAAAUUUGAAAAUUCGAACGUACUUAAUGCGCAUUUCUUGUAUGUAAAUAGCAGAAGCAGCCGCAGAACAGGCUUUAUAUGAUAUUUUGUAUGUUUAAAUUGUCUAGUACUUUUAUUAUAUAUAGCUAUUUAUAUAUAUACUUCACUGUUUGUACAUAUGUACAUAUAUGUGUAUGUAUUUGUUAAAAUCUCAGAAAAACACAAAACGUUGCCUGUAGCGCGUUUAACGCCAGCCCCAAAACGAAAUGCAAAACCCUACACAAGUAUUUUUUAUAAGUAACUUGAACAUUUUAUGUACUGACGACGACGCAGCCGCCGCCUCGCAACGUCUUGCCUUGCCCCUAAAGUCGACGUACAUCCAUCUAUCGAGUUAUGUAAAUGAAUGCGAAUAAUAAUAAUAGCGUAUAAAUUGUAUUCUUGUGAAGCGGCGGUAAACAGACGUGUGCAUGUGAAAUAGGUUUUAAGUUGUCAUCGUUGAUCAGCUUUGUCUUUUAAACUGUCGUAAUAUUUAAGUAAUAAAACAUAAUGUAUGCAUAUAC